AAGGCUUCGUGGCACUAAGGCGAAUCAACUCCCCCCCUUGCUGGUUUGCAAGCGCAGCUGCUGGGCGGAUUGCGCGGUGACCUUGCGGGAAGUAUAACGCGUUAGCUUUCCGGUUCAGUUUUCACUUUCUCUCUCUCCUUUUUUUUUUUUUUCCCCUUCCUUCUCCUGCCUCCUUUUCCUCCCCAGCUCCGUUUUACUUCCUGGGGCUGGCGGAUGGUGUGGGCAACCUCCCCGCGUCGGACAUGUUUCCCUUUGCUUAGCGAUGUAGCUUCGCCUGCCCAGGGCAGGUGAUGGAAGAGGAGACCGGGCAUCCGGAUCAGAGAGGGGGGGAAAAAACCAACCACCUCCCAGUCAUCCCUGGCCCUGGCGCCCCGCUUCCCUGGCAGCGUGUGGCAAUCCUAGCGCCAGCCUGAAAGCCAGGGAAAGCCCGGGCACCCCCUUUGCCCCGCAAUUGAAUGAGUGGUUUCCCCAGUCCUCCCCCCAUCAUCCCUGGAUCUGAGCCCCGGGACGGGAAAAGACCCCCCUGGUUUGUCACUGCCCGGGAAGGCGCAGGUCCAAGCCCCCCCAAAGGCAGCGGAGGCCGGGCACUGCGCUGCAGCGAUGCGGAGCGGCGCGGAAGGGCUGCCCGGUGGGCGGCUGCCCAAGUGAGGGUCCGGGAGCGGGUGGGUGGCAGCGAGAAGACGCCCCCGGCCAUGGGAGAGCCGCGGGACCGUGGCACCGCACCGGCUGGCACAGCUUUUCACCAAAUGCCAGUGGAUUCAAGUUCCCUUUACCAGACAGCAGUUUCAGUGCUGCAUAACUCAUAUCUGGAUUCCACAUCUCGGAAUGGCUUUCAGUACAGUCGAGUGACUUUGGUGAAUAAUGAUGUCUUUUUAAAGGAGUACAAAACUUUUAGCCAAGAAAAGGAAGCGAGUGGCUAUACCAAGGAGGAACUUGACGAGACCUAUGCAUUUCUUCUGUUCGAUAGUGAAAGAGAGGCAAAAGCAGUGUGUCAGAGUGGACUUCGUAUAAACACCAGAUCCCUUACCACGCUAGGUGAUCCAGCGAAAGGGGCUUAUGUUUCCAAGUACUCAGACUGCCUUCAUCCAAGGCCCUGGUAUCAUGGAAAAUCUGGCUGUAUUGUAAUUUUUAAACUAAUUAAGGGAAAGGUCAAGUUCAUGCCAGAGAAUUACACGGCGAAUUACACCAAUCCGACUCCUGGCUAUGACUGCCACAUCUCUGUGAAUAUAAACAAUAUUUCCUUGGAGACUAGUCAUUUUCGGGCCUUCGAAUUGAGUCAGUAUUACGUAUAUGAAUUUUCCAGUGACAGUGUUGUUGAACGCCCGAGACAGAUCUGUCCCUAUGUAAUAAUAGCCUUUCAGUACACGGAACCUAAAAUAAUGUCAACAUUAAAUCAUAAAAGAAUAAUUGAGCUUGAAAAUAAAGUAUAUUACUGCCCAUGGAGAGGGCAGCUUUCUAUCCAGGGGCACCUAUUGUGUGAUAUAGCCCUCAGGUCCCCAUAUAGUGCUGUGAUUCCAGCACAACUGCCAGCCAAACUGGAAAUGAAAUAUAUCAUAGGCGUGUCUGAUUUGAAAAAAAAGCUACCGGAAGCUGCAUUUGGAAAAAGUAAUUACACAAAAAACGAAGUCUGUUAUCAAGAUAUUUACUUCAGUUUGUAUGAAGUGGAAAUUUCAAAUAAAGACCAACAUAAAAUGGAUCCAUUAUUAGAAAACCUAAAGGAAAAGGAGUUGGCAAUCAUCAAAUAUUUACAAGAUCAAGGGUUUCUUAUUUUACUUUCAUCCUCUGCGUUAACAGGGGACAAAGAUUUUGACCUAGACGAGCCCAUCAGUCUCCAAGCGUUGUUUUUAUUCACUUCAUCUAGAUCAGUAUGUUUGACAGUAAAAAAUCAAGAAUUGAACUGUGAAAACGAACUGAGCGAGAUCUCUUUAAAAGUAACCUCUAUUUUGCCUGGCCUUCGCUAUGCCAUACAGGAAGCUACAACAUGUCCACCUGAGGCGGGAAUCCAUUCCAGCAUUUUGGUUAAGCGGUACUUCCAGAAAUUUGCAAAACUCGAUAAAAAUUCACUUGCAGCUUCUGGCAAAAAUGACAAUUUGCCCCUUUCUUGUGAUCCAAAUAAGUCUGAAAGUGUUUCUCCUUCUGAAAAAUGCCAAAAACAGUCAUUUUCCCAACUGCAGUCUUACAUUUCUGACCCCAGCAGCUAUUCUUUGGAAAUGUCCGUGGCCUUAGACUGUUUGGCGGGCAAGCCUCAGUCCCUGUGCGGCAUUUCUGACAGAACCUGUGAGGCUGACUUUUCUUUCGUUUUGCCACCGGACUCGGUGCUUCCUGACAUAGCAGCAGAGAUAAGAGUUGAAACUGAAAAACCUAAGAAUACUCCAGAAUUGAACCAGUUCCAGGAAGAUACCAAGAUAGAAAUAAACCCAGCAGGUAAUCUGAAGAUGCAGCAGAAUAAGAGGAAAUCCAGCAGAGCCAUUGUGACUAGCACAAAGAAGAAAUGGGCCCCUUUGAAAAUUCUUUCUGUGGUGGACAGCAACAGAAAAGGGACCAAAAAGAAAAAGAUGAAUGUUUCUUUUCCUUUCCCCAAAAAACAAGGACUCACAACAAAUUCUAAUGAACCCACACUUAAAUUAGCAAAUUUGCAGUUUCCACAUAAAAGGAAAAGAGGUGCUGAGGUACUAUCUGCAGAAUUUGUACACAGAACACAAUCUGAGCCUAUAACUAAAGGAACGUCUUCGCCUGAAGAUAUUAGUUUGGAUACCAAGAAACCAAGGAAACCGAAGCAACCAGAUGAAAAAAAUGUUCAGACUUCUGAGAAAGUCGCAAAGCAACCAAAAAGUAAGACAAUAAAAACCGUACCUAGAGGGAGCUGUAAGCCUAAAGCCAUAAAGCAAUUGGAACCUGUAAGGAAAGAGACUUUGUCACUGUCAUCAAAUGAAAUUCCAUCAGAAAGUCAAGGGACAGUCAGUGGUGCAAAUGAGACUUACACACAAAGUGUUUCUGCUCAAGAUGUCAACCUGACUCUGAAAGGAAGUAACUGUGAAUCACAUGGGUUGAAUUUGUUGGCUGAUCUAGCUCUGAGCUCUUGCAUUCCUCCACUUGAUCAUAAAGAGAGUAGAGUUGCCUCUCCUUCUGACCUGUCAAAAGAGCGACGCUCUCUUCGGAAAAGGAAGCCUUCGCGAAUUGCUUCAGAUCAUGAAUACCACAGGGUGGAUAAACAUCUAAAGGGAGGAUCCUCUUCUAGCAAAACAGAGAAUCAGAAACUUCCUUCUCCUGCAAAAUCUGAUUUAAGAAAAGACUCAGCUGCUAUCCCAAGAGAGAAAAGCCCUGUAAUUUCCAGCAAGAAGAACGGCACAAGCCCUAACUCUGCAAAAGCCCGGCCGUUGCUUUCCAAGGAGGUGCUAGAUACUUUAGAUGUGAACAAGCAUUCUUCUAUUGUCUCUGAGCACUCUUACGCCUCACAGACGUCAGAACAUUCUAAAAAACACACCCUCCCAAAAGGAGCGCAGGGUCCUGCUGCCUUCAGAAAUGGAGCUAAAAGUGCUAACUCGGGUCCUCUAGUUGGGAAAGUUCUGCCUUUCCGGCAUCAGCAGAACAAUACUCAUACGCAGAAGCCAUUUGACGACUUGGUAGUAAAACGCAGAAGAGGUGUCCUUUCUUCCAGGUUGAAGGAAGACUUCUCCAAGUCUCACACAGUGAAGAGCUGUGAUGGAGCUGUUACGGUGACAUGUCAAUGGGAAGCUGACUACCUCUUCAAUUUAGAUAGCAAAUACACCAACAAUUCUUUAGAGAAAACUGUAAUUCGUGCUCUGCAUGGGCCUUGGGACCCUGAUAUACCCGAUGAUGUGGAAGAAAUGAAGCUUAUACUUCACAUGUGGGUGGCUCUGUUUUAUAGCAAACCAAACAAAUUCCUAAGCAGUACGAGAAAGGUGGUAGAACACAGUAACCCUGAAAAAUAUGUAUCAAUAAACAGUAGCCUGGAUGCUUUUGAAUUAAGUGAUGACUGUGAAGGAGCUUUUGAUCUAGAAAAGUGCCCUGCAGACUCUCAGUCUGAGGCCAAUCAGACUUCCAGCACUACUCUGCAUCCUUUUGAAUUAAGCGAUGACUGUGAAGGAGCUUUCGGCUUGGAAACAUGUCCUGCAGAUUCUCAGUCUGAGGUCAAUCAGGUUUCCAGCAGUAUCCCCAGCACAGUAUCGUAUUCCUCUGAGCAACUGCUUUCUUGUGACGAACCGUCAUCCACGAGUUGCAUCAAGAGCUUUUCAAACAACGACUGCCGUGAUCCGAGCAGCCCGCCUUUGAAGGAUGGGCCACAAGAGGUGAUUAUCGAUGGAUGCGUAGAUCUUGUCCAGGCGUUCAGUAAGGUUGAUGAAGAGAAGAGCAAAAGAGAGGAAUUGCUGGACCCUGUAAUUUCCGUCAGUAGCUCUACCUGCAGCCCUUCUGGUAAACCCAGUGAUACAAGGAUAAGACCUGAAGAAUUUUCCACUGAUGACCCCGAUGAAGCACACCAAGCCCUUGAUUUAAGUAAAGUUUCCCAGAGUGACUCUGCGUUUUCACAGACUGAAUUUCCAGAGAAGCAGGGAGAUGAACAGCCAGCGAUUAUUAGUGAUGAUACUGUCAUUUCCGAGGAAAGAAAGACACUGGACAACAUCACUCUCUCUGCAGAGGAUAAAGACCAUUGCCAGAGUGGUGGUGAUGAAUCACAACGUCUCUGUGAAGCAAUUCAAUUAGAAGGGACUAUGAAGAGCACAGAACAUGAUAGCCCAUGUGGAAAAGGGACAGAAACGUAUGAUCCAUUAGAAAACCCGGGAGAGGAGGAGGAGGAGGAAGAUUUUGACUAUGAAAGUAUAAAUGUAGAACCAAUUGAUUUAGCACUUUCUGAAAGUAAUGAUGCAGAUCUGGAACAUGAAGAUAUGGACCAGGAUCCAAUCAAUUUAGUACUUCCUAAGGAAAUUUGCAUACCUGACGAGAGCAAAGUGAAAAGUCCAGUUGACUUGGAAGAACCCUUUGAUAGUGUAUUAACUCUGACAUUAUCACCUGGUGCAAGUCCUGUCCAGGACGUACCUUCUGAUGAAAUAACACAAUCUGCAGAUGCACUUCCAGAGAACCAUGAAGUCACUGUCCAACCAGCUGAAGAAAUUAAGUCAUCAGUGCAGAGUGAUUCAGUAGAGGACAGCUGCAUUUCUCAGGAAGACAGAGGAACUGAUUCUGCCGAUUGCACUUCUCUGAGUAUUAAAGAAUCAAAUCAAGUACAAAGCAAUACAGCAACUCAAGGAGAGCAAAAGAGCCCUUCUACUGACACAACAGAGCUGCCGAACAAAUCUUCAGGAGCAAGUGAAAGCUCAUGCCUAGUCUUUGAAAAUACACAUUUGGAAGCUGACUCUGAAGCUGAGAAAAGCUGUGACAAAUUUAAGAAUACUGGAGUCUGUUCUGUGACGAAAAAGUCACCAUGUAAUGAUGAAUUAAACCAGAUAACUAUGCUUAUUACACAUGGAGAACAUGAGGCCUCUCUUUGCAAAUUGGUAGAAUCAGCUUGUAUCAUAUCAGCGGAUAAUGAAAAAUCUUUUGCUAAAGAACAUUUGGACUUGAAACACAUUCAUUUGGCAAAUCAUCAGCAUACGCACAGUCUUAUUUUGAGUGAGGAAGAGACAAGUCCAACUGACAAGCCCACUCGUACUGACCCAGAAUGGAUGACUGGCUCUCCUUUCCAGCAGCACAGCAGUCCUAUUAGCAGAGAGACUGAACUGCACAAAAGUAUAUUAGAGCCAAGUGACCAUGAUCCAGUGCUCUGCAAAAAUAUGAAUUCUGACCACACUGAUCAAAGAGAUGCGACGGAAAUGUGCUCCAUCUCUGAGAGUCAAACACCCUUGUCUGCUGGGGAUGACUCCUCAAGUUCUUGUUACGCCGAACGACCAAAGAAAGACACAUUUCUAGAACACGAAACCUCUGUAGUUAAAAGAGCAGACUUACUGGGGAGUAAGGAAGAGAUGUCUCCAACUGACGAGCCCACUUGUACUAACCCAAAAUUGUUAACUGCUGUUGCUUUUCAGCCACAUAGUAUCCCCAUCAGCAGAGAGACAGAUGUGCACGCUAGUUUAUUAAAGCAAAGUGAGAAGAAUCCAGUAUUUUCCAAAAGUAUGAAUUCUGACCACACUGAUAAAAUAGCUGUGAUGGAGAUAGCUUCUUCUGCUGUGGAAGACUUCUCAGGUUCCUGUUACACAGAACAGGCAAAGAAAGACAUGUUUUUAGAACAUGAAAUCCCUAUCGGCAAAGUAGCAGACUUAGUAGAGAAUGAUAACAAAGAAGAACCCACAUCAUGUGAGGAAUUUGAUCUAGGAAGCACUAGUCCUGCAGCGAGCCCUGCAUCUAUCUUAGAAGAGGAGGAGGAACAGUUCGCAGAAGCCUGUGACCAGAGUUCUGUUUGUGAAAUAACAGAACAGCAGAGUGAUUGUACGAUAGAAGAAUCUAAUCUGUUUGCUGAUUUACAUCAGACCGAUUCCGAUGUCACUAGGGAAGAAAUCCCUGGUUCCUCUGUUCAAAUGCCUACAACAUUAUGUGCACACCCAGACUCUAGAGAGACUCUAGAGCUUAGUGAUCCUGAGGAUAUUUUGGAGGAACAUCUGGCCCACCAAGGUACAGAAUUCCCUAACAGAGAGAGAGGUGUGCAUUUGACUUUUGAAAGUUUAUCAUAUGAAUCUUUUUCUGGAGACUCUGACCAGGAAUACUUUGGAGGUACGGUCCAUCCCACAGCUAAAUGUAGGGGCUCUUGUGGUACAAGAGCCAUUGGUGCGAUCCGUGCAACAGCAGUUACAAGGACUAAUUACAAUUAUUCACGUAUAAGCUCAGAGAAUGAAAACUGGAAGAGGGAUGGCUGGGACUCCUUGGAAGCAGACAAAAGAUUUUCAGUUGUGGAGUCAGGCUGGCCCAUUGGGUUUAGGGAAGACGAUAGGUAUGUGCCCCCGUUUGUCAAUAUUAAAGAUGAUCAGGGCACCCUGAGGGAUUAUACCAACUUUAUUGUUACCAAAAAACACAAAGACAAAACUAGACCUUUACAGUCUUCAAAGAGACAUGACCAUUCUGUGGAACGAUCGGACUUAAUAAGCUCAUUGAUUAGGACCUGGAAGGUUAUUGAUGAUCUUACCCAGAACACUUUAGAUAUGGAAUGUCUGCGUUUCAGUUAUAAGCUAAAACAAGUCAUAAAGAGCCAGAAAUCACAACUUUCUACCUCCAACAGUAUGUUUCCAAAAGAGUUUUCUGCCCAGGUAAUGCCUGAGACUUUGCCCCUGAGAGAGGCUCCUGAAGCCCCUAGUCUAAAUGCACCACCCAGGAGUAGGAGUCCCCUUCUGGUAACUGUUGUGCGUUCAGAUACAAGGCAGCGUAGUUCAAGUUGGCACCUGAGAAACGAUAUAUACACAGAUUUUGCCGCACCACCUCUCUUUGUGCCAUGGCAGGAUAAAUUUAGCAACGAAAGAAAUGCUGCAAAAGUCAAAAGCCAGGGCCGUGACUAUGGUAUUCCUUUACAUCUCAGCAAGUUAAAAUAUGAUGAUAAACUAAAAGAAUCCCGGGGGGAUAUUUCGGUCAUUUUAAAUGAAUAUGCUGAGUUCAACAGGGUGAUGUUGAACAAUGUACAUGUGGGUAACAAAGGAAGAGGUCAGAGCACUACCUCAGAAGAGACUGCAGGCAAAAGGAAAAAAUGCACAAAUUUCCCCAAAAGAACAGCCUCCUAUGAGAACAUGAUUAGUGACUUAUGCAACACUCUACACUACAGACUGAAAAGUGUUGUUAAAGAGGCUUGCAAAAAUGCUUGUAUGUUCUACCUGGUUGAAACAGAAGAUGAUCCUUUCUUUGUGAGAAUGAAGAGCUUAUUGAAGAAAAGUGGCCACACUGAAAUUGAACCUUUGAAUUUCUGUAAAACACAACACCUGGAGACAAACGGACUGAUGGUCAUUAUUAGAAAUGAGGACAUAUCUUUGCAUAUUCAUAAAAUCCCAUCCUUGCUGAGAUUAAAGCACUGCCCAAACGUAACCUUUGUUGGAGUGGACAGCCCAGAGGACGUAACUGAUCACACUUAUCAGGAACUGUUUCACAUGGGGGGGUUUGUGGUGUCUGAUGAUGAAGUGUUAGAAACUGUAACUUUAGGUCAGCUGAAGGAAAUAGUUAAAACACUGGAAAAGCUGAACUGUCAUGGAAAGUGGAAGUGGCUGCUUCACUACAAAGAAAGUAAAAAACUAAAAGAAGACAUAAGGGUGGAUUCGACUGCGCACAAAAAGAACUGGCUACUGAAAUCGUGCCAGGAAGCUAAUACCAUUGAAGUUCUUCACUACCAUCAGUGUGACUCUAAAUCAUGCACAAAAUCCGAGCAUCUGAAGUGCUUGUUGAACCUGCAGGUUCAGCAGAUCAGUGCUAGGUUUGCUGUGUAUCUCACAGAUAAGCCCAGUGUCAGCAGAGAGGUCUUCGAAAGCAAAGGGAUCCUAGUCACGGAUGUAAAUAACUUCACUGGAACGGUGCAGAACGUGGUUGCCCCAUUUCAAAGUAGCUAUUGGUGAUGAAAUUCAAGGACAGCACCGGUGGUUCCAGUGACAAAGAAUGAAGCUUCUGUGAAAAUAGUUUAGAUAAAGGUAACUUGCUGGGGUUCUGCUGUUACAGACUAAAGCUCUCGGCACCGAAGGCAGAGGUAGUAGUUUUCCCUUUGUUAGUAGGAUGUUAAUUAUUUGAGGGUAGCCAAUGAGUAUUAGUAGAGGAGCAGAUGCACCCCACUCCAGCUGCAUAGGAAGAGAGCUAUUUUAAUGUAUACAGUAUUUUAAAUUAUUUGUUUUCUGAAGUUAGUACAGCUGCAUAUGGAAACAGUAGGGGGAAGAACAGUUUACUUGAAGCUUAGAGAUGUUAGUCCAUUUUAGCAAGUGCUUUUUAUAAAUGCGUGUUUAUGUACAUAAGAUACACAACAUGCAUGUGGUAUAUGAGCAGCAGGAUUUUUGUACAUUUUCAGUGUGUUCAAGAUUACUUCUCCAGAUCACUACGUCUGCGACUGGUCAAUCAACACUACAUUAAGUUCUCACUGGUUUUCUAAUGGUACCAUUUGACUUGUGGGACUUCUGUUUUCCACUAGAUGGAACUCUUGUAAAUAGCAGAAUGUCAGGAUUCUGGAACAAAAAGCAUAUUUAUGGUAUUCUAAAAACUAAUAGAUUUUAAAAGGAAACUUCAGCACUCAAACAACAUUUGUAAGAUACUUAAGGUAUCUACGGAGAGGAAGUGUUUUGUAACUAAUCAUUUUUUAAAAUAAAGCAGACGAAAAAUAAAGCUGUCAUGUACAGGAUGACUUUGUAUGAUGUUUGACUAAUAAAACCAGACAAUUCAAA